GCAAUUUUAGAGAAGCAGCCUCUCUUUAUCGAUUUCGUUCCCCCUCGUCUGUUCUGUGGCAAACAGAAAUCAAAUAGGAGGCGAAAGUUGGAUUGCGAGCGUGUCGCGUGACGAAGAUCCGUCGACGGAUAUGGACGUCAUCGCUCUUCGCUGGGAUUUCUCCACGACCAUUCAUCCCCCGUUGCUGCUACUUCAAACGACCAGGAAGCGAAGGGAAUUUAGCGUGAGCGAGAACAGAGUCGAACGAGAGAGGAGACAUCCAGGGCUCUUCCUACCUGUACGCGAGGAGAUUACGCAUAUUUCUGGCGCAAAGGACCGUCAGGGCCAAGCGGAUCGGACAACCUUGCUAGCAACCUCCAACAGUUCCGCAGUUGCAGUAUACGACGAAAGUCGAUUAAAAUAAAGAAGACUCACUAUGAUGGAAUUCAAGAAUAUGUAAUAAUGAAAAAUGACUCGAAUGAAGAAUUAUUUCUUAACAUUUGUAAAGAACCUUCGGAGAUUCAGAAUCGUAGAGGCGAACUUAAAAUUAUACUAUUUUCAUAAAAAAUAUUUACCUUUAUAAAUAAUUAUAAAAUUGUAUUUUCUGACAUAGAGAAGAUCCAUCAAUGUAAGUAAGGCCAAAUAAUAUAUGUUUUUUUUUUUGCAAAAAUUUUCAUUCG